UUCUACGACGUCGUUGAGUUUCAUCUGCCAUUCCGUCUUGUCUUUCAAUCCUAAAACCCUCCAUCUCCAAGAAAAAUCAGAAGAAAAAAAAAUGGCGACGAAAACGACGAUGUCAAUCACAGAGCUCAACGACGAAACGGUGCGCAGCAUGUCGAUUGGCGCAGUUUUCUCAGACUUCGGAGGAAAGAUAAACUCACUUGACUUUCACCGGAAAGACGAUCUAUUGGUGACAGCCAGCGAGGACGAUUCAGUUCGUCUCUACGACAUUGCCAAUGCCAAGUUGUUAAAGACAACAUAUCAUAAGAAACAUGGGGCUGAUUGCAUAUGUUUCACGCAUCAUCCUAGUUCUGUUAUAUGCUCUUCGAGACACAAUUUGGAGUCAACUGGAGAAGCCCUACGCUAUCUUUCGAUGUAUGAUAACCGAUGCCUUCGCUACUUCAAAGGACAUAAAGAGAGAGUUGUUUCCCUCUGCAUGUCUCCGGUAAACGAUAGCUUCAUGUCAGGUUCUCUUGACCACAGUGUAAGGAUAUGGGAUCUUCGUGUAAAUGCCUGUCAGGGAGUUUUACGACUGCGGGGUAGACCUACUGUAGCAUAUGACCAACAAGGCCUUGUCUUUGCUGUGGCCAUGGAAGGGGGUGCUAUUAAAUUGUUUGAUUCACGCUCCUACGACAAGGGACCCUUUGACACAUUUUUAGUUGGUGGAGACACAGCUGAGGUUUGUGAUAUCAAAUUCAGCAAUGAUGGCAAAUCAAUGCUAUUGACAACCACAAAUAACAACAUCUAUGUUCUUGAUGCAUAUGGAGGAGAGAAGCGUUGUGGGUUCAGUUUAGAACCAUCUCCAAAUACAACUAUAGAGGCAACCUUUACUCCAGAUGGUCAGUACGUGAUCUCAGGGUCAGGAGAUGGAACCUUGCAUGCUUGGAACAUCAAGAUGCGAAAUGAGGUGACCGCUUGGAACAGCCACAUAGGUAUUGCAGCAUGCUUGAAGUGGGCUCCUCGUAGGGCCAUGUUCGUCGCUGCAUCAACUGUCCUUACAUUUUGGAUACCUAACAAUUCAAAGCCAGCUGCUGAGCCUGGUUCCACCGAUGCCCAAGCCGGGGCUCAGUCUGAGCAAAUUGGUCAAUGAAUUCAAUACCUUUUCUCGCUGGAAACCAACUCCCAUAAGCUAUUGUAAUGUCGGCCGGCGGAAGAAUUUUGUUACAUGUGUUUAAGAUUGGUUUCACUUUGUAAAAUUAGCAAUUAAUCUUAUGCUUGGAAAAUUUGUGUUCUGAAUUCCGGUAAUAUUCUGUUUAUUGUAUAUGUUCAGUUAAUCAACUGUUAA